CUGCUGGGCACGUCCACUAUAAAAAUUACAUUUACCAGAUGGAUUGUUUUACAGUCCAUACUCAAACUGCAGAAAUCAUGUCUCAUAGUUGUCGCCUGCUCUCUGGUUUUUUAAUGAGCUGCAUCGGCUGGACUGGUAUUAUAAUAGCGACCUCAACUAACGACUGGGUGGUGACCUGUAAGUACGGCAUGCACACCUGCAGGAAGAUGGAUGAGCUGGAGACCAAGGGCUUGUGGACAGAGUGUGUCAUCUCUACUGCUCUCUAUCACUGCAUUUCACUCAACCAAAUCCUCGAUAUACCAGCUUACAUCCAGACGUCUCGCGCACUGAUGGUCUCCGCCUCUCUGCUCGGACUGCCCGCUCUGGCGCUCGUGCUGUUGGCGAUGCCCUGCGUCAAACUGAGCCAAGAGACCGAAGACACCAAACACAGACGUGCAGUCCUGGGAGGACUACUUAUACUUUUCAUAUCACUGUGUGCUAUGGUGUCGACAGUGUGGUUCCCUAUUGGAGUGCUUCAUGAGGACGGCCUGAUGUCGUUUGGAUUCUCCCUGUAUGCUGGAUGGGUCGGUUCAGCCCUCUGUUUUUUUGGCAGCUCGAUGAUGAUUUGUUGCUCAAGGGGCCCAACUCAGAAUCCUGAAAACCACUACUACUACUCAAAACACGGUGGGGUUGCUAGCUCUGGCCCUCCUAUAAACAGUCAUGCCAAGAGCGCACAUGUGUGAAAGUGGAGAUAAAGACUGGAUAAGACGAGUUUACCUCAAAAAAGCUCACACAUAACUAUGAAAUAUGGGAGGAAUUUGUUUUCUACUGCCAUGGUUUGACUGCAAACAUGUGAUUUGGAGGGAACAGAGAAUUCGGUGGAAACUUGUGCUCGCAGACGUUUGAACAUUUAAAGGCUUUGUUUGAACAGACGUUGAAAUCAAUAAGUUCUCUCUUCCAGUUCCUUAUGUUUUUACAUAGACUAUUCAUACAGUAUUAAUUUUGCUCCUAUUGUAUUUUUCAGUGACAUCAUUUUAAAACAUUCUUUACUUAAUAACUUAAGCUUAUUAGUUCAUGCCGACAGUUAGGAAAGCAUGUUCAGGCAGACAGGAAACCUGUGUGGUAAAAUGACCAGAUGUCAUCUGCACUGUUUUCCUGGAGAGUGUCUCACAGCAUCCUGAACAUGAGAAAUUUGAGAAAAAACUAUAUCUGUAACAGGAAUCCGGGUCAUUUCUCAGGCCUCAAGUGGUCUGUGAUUGAUUUAUUAUGAUGUAUCCGUAUUUUAUCCACUCUUUGGGAGUUAUGUUAUACUAUGUUAUGCAUGUUGAGUGAUAUGUUCAAAAUCGUCAUGCGUUCUCGUGAUUUAACCUGUCUGAAUGAAAACAUGAACCCACAGAUAUUCUUUUUAAAACGCUAAUCAUAAUUGUUUUGGCUGAUGAUGACGACACAAAAAAAGACAUCAUUUGUGCAUGUAAAAUAUAUCAAUUUUAAUAUUUCACUUUAAAUAUAUUUGUAUAUUCUUCUCAAACUUA